AGACUCGCUAGACUAGAAUCCGCAUCCGCGGGUAUGCAAAAAUGUGAGACGGGGAGCACAUUCAACUCUUCUUCCAAGAGUAGGUAGUAGGCUGUUGCUGCCGAUUUGAGUCUCGUUUAUAGGUUAACACUUGUGUAUGCUAUCGAUGAAGUUGGCGUAGGUUGAAUCGGUUGGGGGGAUCAUAAAGAAAGGACACGCUCACUCGAGGUAUUGCUUAGUCGGCAUUCGUAGGGAACGGAAGCAUUUUCAAGGUCGGUUUCUGGCAGUUUUCGGUUUCGAACAUCAUUCGAUAAGCUAAGUGAUUAUUAGUUUGGUGUUUGUUGAGAGUGGUUGUCAGCGAAACCACGUGAAAAGCACUCGAUCCCCAAAGUUCGAUAUUCGCACCAAGGAUCGUCAUUUAUCGUGCCCAACCACACCAUGGACCAGACCAAGUUGAAGGAACUCGGCUUACGCCUGUUCGAGAUCAAUGCCUUCAAGUUCGGUGACUUCAAGAUGAAGGUUGGGAUUAACUCGCCGGUUUACUUCGAUCUGCGGGUUAUCGUCAGCUAUCCGGAUGUGAUGGAAACGGUUGCCGAACUUUUGACCGAGUUUAUUCGCAAAACGAAAGUCGACACCGGGGCGCAUCUGUGUGGAGUUCCAUACACGGCGCUCCCGGUAGCCACGCUGAUUUCCAUCAAGGCUAACAAACCGAUGUUGAUCCGCCGAAAGGAAGCUAAGACCUACGGGACCAAGAAGUUGAUCGAGGGCAAGUUCAAUGCCGGGGACAAGUGUCUCAUCAUCGAGGAUGUCGUUACGUCCGGGUCCAGUAUCCUGGACACAGUGAACGAUCUACGGGCCGAGGGCCUAGUCGUCACGGAUGCCAUCGUGGUGGUAGACCGGGAGCAGGGUGGUGUCCAGAACACGGAGGAGCAGGGCGUUCGUAUGCACUCACUCUUCACGCUGUCGUUCCUGUUGAACGUGCUGCUCGAUAAGGGCCUUAUUGAGGACAAGACGGUACAAUCGGUGGCCAAGUACAUCGAAUGUGCCCAAAUCAAGAGCGAUGGUUCAUUCAUGAACGGCAACGGCACCAAGGUGAUCAACGAGCUCAGUCGAGUCGGGAUGACGUACGAGGCUCGUGCUGAUCUGGCCAAGUGUCCCAUCAGCAAGGAGCUGAUGAAGCUGAUUGCGACCAAGAAAAGUACGCUCUGUCUGGCGGCGGAUCUAACUCGUUCCGAAGACAUUCUGAAUCUGGUCGAACGUGUUGGACCGUACAUCUGUAUCCUGAAGACACACGUGGACAUCGUAGAGGACUUUAACGAAAAUUUCGUUAAAUCUUUGCAAUCGUUGGCCAAAAAGCACAAUUUUAUGAUCAUGGAGGAUCGGAAAUUUGCCGACAUCGGUAACACAGUAGCUCUCCAAUACUCGGGUGGACCGUUCAAAAUUUCCAGGUGGGCUGAUUUGGUAACGGUUCACUCGCUGCCCGGACAAGGUGUUCUGAAAGGAUUAAAAUCCGUAUUAAAUGAUCCAUCGCAGCAAAGAGGAGUCUUCCUGCUGGCUGAGAUGAGUUCCCAGGGUAAUUUGACAACGGCCCAGUACAGCGCUGCCACGAUGAAGAUUGCAACCGAAAUGGAGAGUGAAUUCGUGGCCGGUAUCGUGUGUCAAAGCUCGGAUCUGGUGGCGUUCCCCGGUCAACUGCAGCUGACUCCCGGAGUGAAAAUCGAAGGCGGAGUUGAUGGGAUGGAUCAGAAAUAUAACAGUCCGGAGCACGUGGUCAAGGAAAAGGGUGCGGACAUUUGCGUUGUGGGACGAGGAAUUAUCGAGGCCAAGAAUCAAGAGGAUAUGGCCAAGACCUAUCGAGAUCGCCUUUGGGCGGCCUAUUGCGAGAGAGUCGGAGUCAGCGAAUAGCAGUUGAAUAAAUAUAUCUGAAGAGUAUUACCAUAAGAAAAAAUCGACUUGAGACCUAGCUGUUGGGUUUAAAACAUUUCCAUAAAACACAAAAACCAUUCCCUGAUGAAAUCCGGAAACAUUCAAUAUAGUCUAUUGAUUGAAAUUGAAAAUAAAAAUUGGAGUUGUUUCAAAGUA